UACCGUGCUUGGACUCUGUCACAGGUUUUUAUUCUCUGAAGUGGGUACAUCAGAGCCACCAGGUGUGAGCUGUGUUGACUGCCAUUACUUAUUUCUUUGCUCUCAGUUAUGUCUGGGACGAUGGCUCUGCGAAUCCCCAGAGGCCUUUGGACAGCAGCUUUGAUGGUGACGCUGGUGGUGCUGAGCGCCCCAGUGACUGAGAGCAGAGAUUCUCCACAGGAUUUCGUGUUCCAGUUUAGCCCCAAGUGCUACUUCACCAACGGGACGCAGCGGGUGCGGUUUUUGGAGAGAUACAUCUACAACCGGGAGGAGUACGUGCGCUUCGACAGCGACCUGGGGAAGUACGUGGCGGUGACCGAGCUGGGGCGGCUGGAAGCCGAGUACUUCAACAGCCAGCAGGACAUCCUGGAGGAGACGCGGGCGGAGGUGGACACGGUGUGCAGGCACAACUACGAGAACGAGGAGGCCCGCACGACCCUGAAGCGGCGAGUGGAACCUUCAGUGACCAUCUCCCCAUCCAAGACAGAGGCUCUAAACCACCACAACCUGCUUGUCUGCGCGGUGACAGAUUUCUAUCCAGGCCACAUCAAAGUCCGGUGGUUCUGGAACCACCAGGAGGAGACAGCUGGCAUCGUGUCCACCCCCCUUAUCAGGAAUGGGGACUGGACGUUCCAGAUCCUGGUGAUGCUGGAAAUGACCCCCCAGCGAGGAGACGUCUACACCUGCCACGUGGAGCACCCCAGCCUCCAGAGCCCCAUCACGGUGGAGUGGCGAGCACAGUCUGAAUCCGCCCAGAGCAAGAUGCUGAGUGGCGUCGGGGGCUUCGUGCUGGGGCUGCUCUUCCUCGGGCUGGGCCUUGUCAUCCAUCACCGGAAACAGAAGGGUCUUCAUGGCCCCCUGCCAGGGCUCCUGCGCUGACUCCUGAGGACACUUGGACUGGCCUUGGUCUUCUCUCUUCUGAAAUGCCUGCCCGCCCUUGCCCAGAAUUCCCAGCUGCCUGUCAGCCUGCCCCUCUGAGGUCAGAGUCCUACAAUGACACUAAUGGACUCAGGUCACCUCCUGUGACCCCCACCCCAAGGAUCUGCCUGCCAUGCUGCUUCCUGCACGGACCCCGGGAGCCUCCCAGCAGCAUCUGCUCAGGCCCCAGGGUGUUUUUCUGUGUCUUUUCUCCCCCCACAGACUGUUCAAGAGAAGCACAUCAAAACCAUUUACCUGCCUACAGCUUUCAUCAUAAUUAAAUGUAUUAUGAGUUAUCUGUAUCCUGAACCCCCUUAAAUGAGCGGAGGUAGGAAAGCAAUGCAGAAUGAAAGUUAACAUAUUUUGAGGUGACCCAACCAACUUGGGACCAGAAGGAGGGGUUGUUCCUUGAAAGGAGACUAGAAGCAUCUUUGGGUGCCAUGUAAGGGUGGAAAGAGGAGACAGAAGAUCAUUUCAAUCAUAACAUCCUUCCUGGUUCUUUAGUACUGAUGUUGAGUGCAGUGGUCUCAGGAUGUACCGCCCCUCGUCCUGUCUGGUGAGAACUUAAGUAGCACAGUGGAAUUGUUUGCACUCAUACAGUAGCCUCUGGUCGCUGGUGUUUCAAGUAUAUCCUGGCAAGUCACAUUGAUUGUGAUCAAUUUUUAUAUUUGAGAAAGUAUAACCAGCAAUAAAAGUACUAUUUUUGGUUUCAAAUGA